AUGCAGUCAGUGUCUGGGUGACAGACCCCCGGACCGCUGUGGACUUGGGUGUGCUCGAGGUGGAGGUGUUGGGCGAGGCGCCUGCGGCUGGCGGCAGUUCCCUCCGCCAGCACUUCUUUGUCACCGCUUCGAGGCCGAUAACUCUGAAGAAGGUGGCCCAGGGUGCUUGCGGAAGAUAUCCCGCUAAGAGAGAGACAUGUCAAAGGUAGGGUAGAUCCACAUUUCCAGGCACCAAGGAUGGAGAUGUUCCAGGUAAGACUGCAGGGCCCCUGGGCACCUUCCACGUCCUUCCAGGCCAUCACUGGCAUGAGAAGGGGCAGACCCGUGUGAGCUGUGGAAGGAGGCCUCUUUCUGGAGGAGCGUGACCCCCGGGGCUGCUGCUGAGCAUGGGCGGGACAUGGGCAUCCAGGGAGACGCUUCGGCCACGGUGCCGCCCCAUCAAUGCCACCUUGGCUGUCGAGAAGGAGGGCUGCCCCGUGUGCAUCACCGUCAACACCACCAUCUGUGCCGGCUACUGCCCCACCAUGACCCGCGUGCUGCAGGGGGUCCUGCCGCCCCUGCCCCAGGUGGUGUGCAACUACCGCGAUGUGCGCUUCGAGUCCAUCCGGCUCCCUGGCUGCCCGCGCGGCGUGAACCCCGUGGUCUCCUACGCCGUGGCUCUCAGCUGUCAAUGUGCACUCUGCCGCCGCAGCACCACUGACUGCGGGGGUCCCAAGGACCACCCCUUGACCUGUGAUCACCCCCGCUUCCAGGCCUCCUCUUCCUCAAAGGCCCCUCCCCCCAGCCUUCCAAGUCCAUCCCGACUCCCGGGGCCCUCAGACACCCCGAUCCUCCCACAAUAAAGGCUUCUCAAUCCGCA